GUCUAGCCAACAGCAACAAACAACAUCGUCCUUUGACGACGACAGACUGUCAAAACAUUCAAGAUGGUGGACGUUUUAGCAUUGAUCGACACAAUAACUAAAGAAGAUAAUGAAGUUGUUUUCAUUGAACAGUUCGUCUCCGACAUUCGUGAUUUUAGUUCUCAGUAUGGGAGUGAUAUUAGCAUAUCUUACACUGCCUAUAAUUUAGCUGGGAAGCCAAGCAAGUACCCUGACUACGGAGACUACCCCCAGGCAUUUGUUAUGCGUACCUAUGGACGUUGGUGGAAAGAGGCCCCUUCAGGAAGACGAGAAUUCAUGCCUCAAAACCUAGGUUCUAUUGUGAGUCAAGAUUUUAUUGAUGUCAUCUUUGAACAAGCUGUCUAUCCUUUCCAAGUUAAUGUGUAUGAAAUUUAUAACCCAGGAGCCCUUGUACGAGUUUGGGCUCGAAGUGUUCAGGGUAAAUGGGCACUCCUAUGGGAAGGUGCAGCACAGACGACAAGGCCCAUGUCCCGAAUAUUUUCUCCGCCUCUUCGAACCAUUCAGUUCCCCACAAAUUUGCUUCGUCUAGAGUUUGAUCACUCAAACCUUGAGUAUUAUACAGAGCUGGAUGCCGUGUGCUUGGUGGGUACUUGCAAGCCCUUUCCAGAAAACAGUUUGGGAACAUGCCAUACUUUGCAAAACAAUGUUGUGAGAAGGAGAAAUGGAAGUUCAGCUAAUUGUGUGGGUCUAGUGAACGUUGGUGACAUCACUAACAGAAUUCAGGAGCUCAAUAUUCACCAAUUAUCACCACAGGUUGACAUCCCAACUUCUAUCUCAACAUUUCUGGACCAUGAAUUUCCUAAUCUCUUAAAGCAAAUUGAAGAUAUGCAAAAGGCUAACCCUUCCCGCACUGCUUUACCUGCCUCAUCAUCUUCUUUGUCUCCCCAACCUGACCAGCCAACGUCUCAAAGUGCCAACAGUGGAGCUUUCAGUUGCUUGCCGGAUGAAAGUAUUCUCCACAUCCUCAGCUACCUAGACCUCAAAGACUUGUGCCGUUGUUCUCAAGUUAAUCGACACUUCCGAGGACUGGCACAGGAUCCUCAUUUGUACAUUGAACUUGGUUUGCGGCAAUUUUGGCAUUGUGUGAACCCUAAAAGUUUGAAUUGUUUGCUACCCCGCCUCUUGUACAUUCAGAGGCUUGACAUGUCAUGGUGUGGAAACUAUAGAGACAUUUGUCCUGAAGAAUUUGUUGACUUUUUGGGCUGUUGUGGGAGAAACCUUACUCACUUGCGUUUGAACAGCUGUCAAUUUGUAAAUGACUUUAGUCUUGAAAGAAUUGCAUCAAUUUGUCCAAAACUUCAAGAGCUAACCCUUCAGAAUAAUACCAAAGUAACCAGCAGGGGCUUCUUCUCAUUAACUGCUCUUCCUGGACUUGAAAGGCUUGACUUUUAUCGGACCUCAGUCACUAAAGAACCUCUCGUAGCAAUUCUCAAAGCAUCCCCCCAGCUGAAACACUUGAAUCUUGGUUCCUGCAUGCACAUAUCUUCUAUGGAUGAAGUUGUGUUGACUCUUAGCAAAUAUAAUCCUGACUUGGUAUCCUUGGACUUGUGGAAAUCUUACACUUUGACUUCUGUUGGUGUUAAUGCUUUAGGAAAGUGUUCAAAACUUGAGGAAGUUGACCUUGGGUGGUGCUUGAGCCUGAGCACUCCAGGGUUGAGCCUCAACAGUAUAGCCUAUGGUUGCCCUAGACUGAAAAAGAUAUUCUUGGCAUCUAUGCGAUGCCUUGUGGACUACCAUCUAGAACCUUUUCUGAAAAACUGCCCAUUGUUAGAGCAAGUUGAUGUACUUGGAAGCAGCGUGACCCCCGAGAUUGUGUCUAGGCUUUUGCGGGACAGUCGUCAUUUGAGACUUGUAGAUGUGAGCUUCUGUGACAACAUUUCAGAGACUCACUGUGAUUCCUGGAGACGGCAAUACCCAGGAGUAAACAUCAAACAGAGCUAUCAAUCAGAAGCAAAAUACCGUGGUGUUAAUCAAUGUUAGUUCUGAGGCAUAGUUAUCAGAUUCCUGUUUCAGCUUUCCAGUAUUUUUUGAGGGAAACUUUAUGUCUGCUACCUGUCUGUUGAAGGUUUCAGAGACAUUUUUGUAUCAUCAAUACACACUGUGCGUUUGCAGUUUGCACUUGAUUUUGGACUAGGGGCUUUGACCCUGCAAGUGAAGUCUGAAUAGACAUAGAUACAUCACAUAUUCUUGUCAGUUCAAGAUCAAAGUUGAACUGUAAAUCGAUGCUAUUGGAAGGCUAUUUGAUGUCUUAUGUCUGAACUAUUAUCAUCAUUUUGUAAUUUAUAUUUAAACUCGGUGAUCCAUCCCUAUUGCCAAAGGUAGAAAAGGUCCGUACUCCUUAAGAAAUCUUCAUAUUUAUUUUGAGCCCCUAUUAUAUAGCAAAUAUAUAUAAAUAUAAACAUCUUAUUUUCCUGUAUUUGUAGAUAAUAAUUUUGUGUUCAUGUUCUAAUGAUUCUAGUCCCCUUUUCUGUGUGUGUAAAUGGGUUUAAAAUACCUAUUAGGAACUUUAUUGGUUUUUGUUAUGUGAGGUUUUUGAUGAUGAAAUGUGUCGGCUACAUGCCUUUACAUGUAAUAGUCUCAAAUGUAGAAAAAAAAGUUUUAUCCUCCACUUUAUUUAUUAUGUUUUGUACAAUUUUAUUGUACUCAAUAUAUCGACGUUGACCUGCCGUCCCUAAGCUUGUCACAAUGGUGGUGGUAUGGCAGUAUACAACAGCAUUUCACUUGUGAAGGUAGUGGUGUGUACCAACGGAUGUGUAGUCCACAUCAUCAAGCCACUCGUUUGUUUCUGUGUCAAAGGUAUCUCUUUCAAUUUAGUAUCUUUAAAUUAUAUUGCAUAAUAAUAUUAUACCUUCAAGGAAUUUUGUUAUAUGUUGUCAUAUGAUAGAAAAAUGCUUGGUGAUUUCCAACAGUGUGAUGGAAUUUGAUUGGUGGUUAUUCUACUUUAUUGUCUAGUACUUGCAUUAUUGUCUUGCUGAUGAUUCCCCUUAAAAAAAUAAAAAUAAGUGCAUUUCAGGCUAACCCUUUUCAAGUCAGUCUGCUGUAGUUUUGUGAUUUUUCUUUGUUCUGAAAAUGUUGGAUUCAUGAACUGGGUAAGAAAAACAGUAAUGUGUGUAAGUUUUAUCUGUGAAAAAUAACAAUACAUUCCAUGUUAAGAUUGGCUGUUGCAGUGCAAGUUUGUGUGUACAAUGUAAUUGUAAGUCUGACAUCUGCCCUGUUUGAACAACUAGAGGGCUUGUAUGCUCUUCUAUAAGUGACCAAUUAAUUAUUUCCAUGAAUUUGCUCACUUCCCCUCAAACUGCAUGAAUUUAUUUGGCAAAGACUGAAAGAAAAUCUUUCUGUUUAUUUCGCAUAAGUGCCAACCUAUGUUGUCGCUUUAGAAGUGAUUUUGCAGAAUGUGCAGAUUCCAAUGAUCUUAUAUAGAGUCUGUGACUUUGAUCUCAAAGAGGGCUUCUAUGCUUGCAAUUUAGAGCAUAUCAGUAUGCUAAUUGAUUUGUGCUGACUCUGACAUGAUCCCAAAAUUUCCAAAAAAAUCAUUCAAAUUUCAUUUUUAUUUCAUUUUGAAUGUCUCUUUACUGUAUUCAUUUAUCGUAUCGUUCAUAGUUCACCCUA